AUGAUGGAAUUUAAAGUAUCGCCAUUGACAAAGAUUAUAUCUUUGUCAGGGUUCCUGGCACUAGGUUUUCUUUUAGUUAUACUAAGUUGCGCAUUAUUCCAUAACUACUACCCACUAUUCGAUAUCUUGAUCUUUUUACUAGCCCCAAUACCAAAUACAAUUUUCAAUGCAGGAAAUAAAUACCACACAUCAGACUUCAUGUCUGAUUCAUCAAACACUGGCCAAGACCUGGCCCAUUUCCUAACAGGAAUGCUGGUGACAAGUGGCGUGGCAUUGCCAAUUGUUUUCUACCAUUGCCAAUUGAUCGGUCACCUGAGUUGCAUUAUGUGCAUGACCGGUGGUCUUAUCAUAUAUUCUAGUAUUGUUAUUUUCAAAUGGUUUUUCAAAAAGGACUUUAAUGAAGACGAUUCUCUUUUUGGUUAA